AUGUUCAAAUUCACCGUCCUUGUUGCCGCCGUCCUUGCGACCACUUCGGCUGUGUCCGCCGCCACGGUCAGCACCCCCACCGCUCUCACCCAGUGCCAGCCCGUCCUCAUCACCUGGUCCGACGCUCAGGGCAAGGUCUACGUAAGCGUCUUGCCCGGCAAAGAGACCUCGGCAGCUCCCCUUGUCAGGUUUGCGCCUCAGGAUGCCGGCACCACCAGCAUCAAGUGGGUGCCCAACCUCCCCGCUGGCCAGGACAUUACCCUCUCCAUCUCGGAUGAUUCGGGUGUCACCAACUACUCGGGCACCGUCACCGUCCGUGCCGGCACCGACACCUCGUGCCUCAACACUUCUGGCUCGGCCGCCGCUGACGGUUCGGCUGCGACCACUGGCUCAUCCUCUUCCUCGGGCUCCGGCUCUAGCUCCAAUUCUUCGGGCUCCUCUGGCUCCUCUGGCUCCGCCUCAUCUCCUUCCAGCUCGGGCAAGUCCAGCACUUCCAACACUUCCUCGGCCAACUCUGCUAACCAGACCUCCUCUGGCAACAGCUCUAGCGGCGCUACCAGCUUCCGUGCUGACACCACCGCCAUGGUAAGCUCGGCACUUGCCGUUGCGGCCGUCGCUGUUGCCGUCUUCGCAUAA